ACAGUUCUGGAUUCAAAGCCAAGCACAUUCCCAAACUGCCCCUUCUGCUGCUUUCAGGGCUAUGCUUGAGGCUGUGGGGAGGCCAAACUCUGUCUGUCCUGCCGUGCUUGGCCCAUCACCGCAGCCAUGUGCUCUGGAUCAUGCCUGGAGCACAGCAGGAGCUGGGAAUGGGGGCUCUCAGGCCCCCGCCUGCCUGCUCAGCACCGUCCUGGAGUACAGCCUGGGGAGCCCCUGGCACCCUGCUGAGCCCCGGGCAGGGUGUGGCCCCUUCUCAGCCCUGGGGCUCGUCUCCGGCCCCGCUGCAAGCGCGCAGCUAAACCGCGCCGGGUGCGCGCCUCGCGGCGGAUGCCCCUGUCCUGAGCGGCCUCCCCGCCUCCUCAAGGCGUUCCCCGCCCUGGCCCCCCGUCCCUCCCUGUGCCCGGAAGCUCUGGGAAAAGUUCCGCCGUGGAAGCAAAGUCCAGGCGGCCGGACAGAGCAGCCAUGGCCGGGCGCUGCGGGCUCCGGGGAGCGCUCGGUCCGGGCUGCUCGUCCCGCUGGCCGCAGGGCUGGCGUCCGACCCUGGGGCCGCCAGGAGCGCGUCUGGCCCAUGCCGGGGCUGCGGCCCAGCUGCAGCAGGAAUACGACGCGGUGGUGAUCGGGGCAGGGCACAACGGGCUGGUGGCAGCUGCCUACCUGCAGCGGGCAGGGCUGCGCACGGCUGUGCUGGAGAAGCGCCACGUGCUGGGCGGCGCCGCCGUCACCGAGGAGAUUGUGCCAGGGUUCAAGUUCUCCCGGGCAUCAUAUCUGCUCAGCCUGCUGCGACCACAAAUCUAUGCUGAUCUGGAGCUGCAGCGGCACGGUCUGAGGGUGCUCCCACGGGACCCCUACUCCUUCACCCCACUGCUGGAGGACAGGAGCCCUCCUCGCUCCCUUCUGCUGGGACAUGACAUGGCCCAGACUCAGCAGCAGAUUGCUCAGUUCUCCCAGAAGGAUGCCCAGGCCUACCCUGAGUAUGAGGCAUUCAUGGGGCGCAUGGUGUUGGCCCUUGACCCACUGCUGGAUGCCCCUCCAGUGGAUACAGCUGCCCUGGGAAAGGGUUCCCUGCUCCAGCAGCUCAGGAACCUGCUAUCCCUGAAGCCCUUGCUGCAGGCAGGGCUGGCACUGGGGCGGCAGCUGCCCCACUAUUACGAGGUGCUCACAGCUCCCAUCUCCAAGAUCCUGGAUCACUGGUUUGAGUCAGAACCCCUGAAGGCAACUCUGGCUACUGAUGCUGUGAUUGGAGCCAUGGCCAGCCCACACAGCCCUGGCAGUGGGUAUGUGCUGUUGCACCAUGUCAUGGGUGAGCUGGAGGGACGGCGCGGGGCCUGGGGCUACGUGGCAGGUGGGAUGGGAGCCCUGUCCCACGCCAUCGCCCAGGCAGCCACUGCCCGGGGAGCCCACAUCUUUGCUGAGAAGGCAGUGUGCCACGUGCUGCUGGGCAGGGCCGGGGAGGCGCAGGGUGUUGUGCUGCAGGAUGGGACAGAGGUGAGGAGCAAACUGGUGCUGUCCAAUGCCUCCCCCCAAAUCACCUUUCUGGAACUCAUUCCUCAGGAGCAGCUGCCCAAGGAUUUUGUCCAGCGGAUCCGGCAGCUUGACACACGCUCCCCUGUCACCAAGAUCAAUGUGGCAGUGGAUCGGCUGCCCAGCUUCCUGGCUGCCCCCAAUGCCCGUGAUGGCCAGCCCCUGCCCCACCACCAGUGCUCCAUACACCUCAACUGCCAGGGCACCCAGCUCCUGCACCAGGCAUUCACUGAGGCUGCCCACGGGCACCCCUCCAGCAGGCCCAUGAUCGAGCUCUGCAUUCCCUCAGUGCUGGACCCAGGGCUGGCCCCUCCAGGCUGCCAUGUCGUGUCCCUGUUCACACAGUACACCCCGUCCGUGCUGGCGGGCGGGCGGUGCUGGGACGAGCAGGCCAGAAAUGCGUAUGCAGACACGGUGUUUGACUGCAUCGAAGACUAUACCCCGGGGUUCAAGGCAUCUGUCAUUGGCAGGGACAUCCUGACACCACCAGACCUGGAGAGGAUCUUUGGGCUGCCUGGUGGAAACAUCUUCCAUGGAGGGAUGUCUCUGGACCAGCUGUACUUUGCCCGGCCGGUACCAUCCUACUCUGGCUACCGGUCCCCAGUUCCUGGCCUGUACCUGUGUGGAAGUGGAGCCCACCCUGGAGGAGGAGUGAUGGGAGCAGCAGGACGCAAUGCUGCCCAGGUGGCUAUCAAGGAUUUCAGGCACCUCUGAUGAGAUUGGUGGAAAUGACUUCACCAACACAACCAAGGGUUGUGACAGCAACGUGCCCUACUGAUGCCAUUGAGAGCCCUGCCCAUCCCCAGCACCUCAGGGCAGCAGCAUCUCCUGAGAGCUGGGUGUAGGCUGGCAG